AUGCUUCUGAUGCGUUGUUCCACAAAGCACCGCGCACCUCGGCUUCCACGACCAGGUAACCAUACUUGAUAGACAAGGUAAACCAGAUGAGUGUCCGGAAUAUGUAUAACUUGGAACUCGGCAGACCCCAGCUUAAUCCCCAAGCUUCCUCCCCACCCAAACAGGAAAUUCCCACUGAGAGGGCGACAUGCAAUUUUGUAGGCGACUCAGGCUAAUUCAAGUCGUUUUCUCAUUAAACAAAAAGUCUUGACCCAUAGUGAGAUCCGGCAGUCGCCUGGGAUGACUAAGCAGCCCUAUUUAGGGGUUGCAUCGUUUGCUCCCUCGUCCCUCUCCACCUUGCUGUGAAGCACAUAGUGGACAUCGUCCGCAACGGUCGAACUGUCGGGUGUCCCACUUGCAGGGCGUCCACAACCACCUGUCAACAAUUUGCGAAAAAGCCAUUAAGUAACUUUCUCAAGUGGACAUCAACGACGACCUUGACGGUCUGCCUCCUCUCCUUCAGAAGAACAGAACAUUGGGCUCUGGAAAAUGAUCCUGAACUUCAAUUGUUUUGAGCGAUUUGCUAAAAUGGUAAAUUACCUUAAGAACGGGACGAAAACUCGUGUCACGGACGACGGGGCACAUUUUGAAACAUUACAGUGACCUGUAAUGUAAAGCAGGUCUGCGUAUUCGCCCCUCUACCUUAUUCAGUCUUACGUUCUCCGCCAUGCACGCCGUAAUGAACUGUCGAGGUUCGACGACAACUACCGUAAAGUUCUUCAAUAUUCGUGGUCUGAUAUCUUCGAUGGUAUCUAAGACCAGCGCUUACUAAUUGUUGCUCACGAGUGGCUGCGCGUCAAAGACCGUAAUGGAAGAGGAUAUGCAGCAAAGAGGAGACCCCUUCAUCUGCUGCUCAAAUUUUGGCCUGACAAUCGGCACAGAGAAAAUAUUGAUCCUAAGCCAAUCGGCGCAAAUACUAACCAUUCUGAACCCCGCAUUUAUAUAAAUGGAAUUUGUCUUAUUCUAGCCAUAACGCUUAGUUGGUGGCCCGGUUUACAAACCUCCGCAAUCGAAUCUCCAAAGGAGAACCCAGCAGCAAGGAUGAAGAACACGCGUCUAUCACUGAGAGUCAACAGCAAAAUCUGAUGAUGAUGAUGAUGAUGAUGAUGAUGAUGAUGAUGAUGAUGAUGAUGAUGAUGAUGAUGAUGAUGAUGAUGAUGAUGAUGAUGAUGAUGAUGAUGAUGAUGAUGAUGAUGAUGAUGAUGAUGAUGAUGAUGAUGAUGAUGAUGAUGAUGAUGAUGAUGGGUUGAUACAUCAUGUCCAAGGGUGGCCUGCAAUUGAGUCAAUGAUCUGUUGGCACGUGGCCUGGUCUGCUGACUCAUCUGAGUGGCCGGACACCCCUCCAAUCCUGCCGGAAGCUGCGCGAUCUCAACACGCUUAG